UCUGUUUGUCACGACGCUAAGGGCACACGUUACAUCAGUGUUACCAAUACAGAUAGUCAGGAUGGCGUUGAACCGGUACACCGCCUUGGUUGUGGCGAUAUGGUGCUCAGUCGAAGUUUACGCAGACCCGUGCAAAAGUUACAUGACUCUGCAAGACCCUGAACGGAGUACCAAUUACCAUCCGGGGCCUUUGGACCCCUUACUCUGUGACCGGACAUUGAAAACAGGAUGGUACCGGAUGAUUGAUGCAAACGGAACCCCACUGCGCAUGCCUGAGAAGUGCCCGGAUCAUUUUAGUUGCGGCACCCAUGUUCCAGUGUGGUUCAAAGGGCGGCAUCCGACCGUUGCCGAUGGAGUAGUAUCAGCCGAGGCGUGCGGUAAUGUUCCAGUGCCAGACCAAAACCAGAAAUGCUGUCUCUUCAAGAUACCAAUAGCUGUGAAGAACUGUGGCUCGUUCUACGUUUACAAUCUAACAUCAACUGCUUCUUGUUCUGUAGCGUACUGCACAGAUGACAGUCAAGGUUGUCCAGUGGGUAUGUACUCGCCUACAGGAAAGCCACCUUGUCAACCUGCCUAUCCCUCUCUUAAAACUGCUCCCACGCUCAGCGGCCCGGAGAUCGUGAAGAAUGCCCAGGGAGUGGAGGAAUUCCGCUUUGGAUGCAACAUACCUUACACAACCACUGACAAAAAUGUAGGAUUCGAGAUUGAGUGGUUAUUUGACCACAAGCCGUCUCCCGUGUCCCCUAUGUCCAGACCCCAGCAGGUGACCGGCACCACUCGUGUCCACUACAUGAAGGACAUCGAUAUGAUACCCGGCAAAGAUCAUUUGAACAAGGACGUGAGCUGUCGAGUGAAGACGUACUUCCUGAAUGCUCCAAACCGUAAGAGUCCUGCCAUAGAGAGCAACCACUACUUUGCUGGCAUAAAGACGGAUCCAUCCAAAGUUCAGGUGAACGAAGGGAGAAAAGAAGUAGAAGUAAAACUGAUUUCAACGAUUCCCAUUCUUUGUAAAGUCCCCAAUGCCCACCCCGACAAGUGCCUCGCUGACUUCAAUCUGGAUUUAGGGAAAGAUAACGAAGUAGUCGCCGAGGAAUGCUCUCUACAGAUGAAACGAUCCCACUGGGAUCCCAAAACCAAGCAGGCCGCGGUGUCCACCAAGCUACUGGCAGUCAGGGACUUCGUCACCGACGGCACCAAGCAGGUGUCUGCCGUAUUCAAGAAAAUCUCCCCCAUCCAUACCCCCCUGUUUCACCAGUACCAGCCACCCAGUAUCCAGAUCACAAGCAUCAACACGGACACUGACAGCUGCAAGUGCACUGGAGACCCUCACUGCACUGCCUUCGAUAGAAAAAAAUACUUCCAUUUUUACGAGGCUGGCGAGUAUGUUAUGGCCAAAAGUAAUGUGAGGCCCUUUGAGGUUCACGUACGAACGUGGUACUGUAACGGCCGUGCAAGCUGUAUCUGCGGCUUGUCAGCAAGGGAGGGCAAUGACGUCAUAGUGGUUGACGCCUGCCACAGUGACGUUAAUCACAUGCGAGUGAAGACUUACGUCAAGUCCCCGUACCAGCUGGCUAAUGGGACCCAGAUAAAGCGUGACGUCGCCGGAAAAGUAAUCGAGAUAUUCUUUCCGUCGGGGACCGCUAUCAAGGUGGAUGUGCAAUCCAAAUAUCUGGACGCCACAAUGACGGUACCCAGCGACGACUAUGCUCACACCAGCGGUUUAUGCGGCAUUUUUAACAAAUACUCCGGCGACGAUUUCACCUCUCCUAACGGACUGACGUACUCACAGUACAUCUCGGUGCCAAGACAGUUCACAGAAAGCUGGAGAGUUCCACGAGGACAGAGCCUUUUCGACCGACUGCCUCCCAAAGACCCUGAACCUCCCAAGAAGCCUAUGUACUGUCAGUGUAAUAGGCAGGAGAAAAAAAUUGACUGUGGCCCUGAGAAAAGACAGAACAAUCCCAUCAGACGCGCUAGCAGGACUAUCGACAUCACCAGUUCUUUGAACCGAGGAUCGCGCCUGCGCAGAACCACCACGUUUAUAGACACGGACACAGAUGGUGACCUCCAGUACAACUUCGACUACGGAGACCCCAAUUCCCCAACGCUCACCGCUACGUGGCCCACAAAGAGCGGUCUCACAGAAGCUGUCGCGCUGAAGAUGUGUACAGACGCUGCUAAGUCGUCUAGCGCGUACACCCAAUGCCUGGCCACAGGGAAAAUAGACGUCAACGAAAUCGUAGGAGGAUGCGUGGACGACAUGAAGAUAUCUGAUGGAGACACGGAGUUUCUGUCCUCUGUUGUCUCUGCCUUCGAAAACACGUGCCAGGAAAAGGUGCUCAAGGACCCAAAUUCUUAUACCAAAAACGCCACAGACGGAACACUGAUAAUGCCCGCCUUUGUGACUGCUGAUUUGUGCACCACGCCUUGUCAGCACGGCAGGUGCUCUAACGGCGCAUGCGUGUGCAACAAUAACUGGGUCGGUGAGGACUGUUCUGUUGACGCGACCAAACCACCACAAGCGUUAGGUUUAACCAGACCUGAAGCAUGUGAUAUAAGGAAGCGCCCUUGUCGCCUGACGUUCCUGGAUAUAGAAAACAUUGCUGAUACGUCCAAGUUAAAAUGUCGCCUUAAAGAUCUCACGAUUGUGAACGGAAAAGUGAACACUAUCGGAGGAAACGUAGCGUACUCCAAGGCAGACUUCCAGAACUAUGCCGAGGUCUCCUGUGAGAUCCCAGAGUCACCAGCACACAAAGGCACAGUGGCUAGCCACGCCUACCAUGUGUCAGUCACGUUUGACAACAAUCGCUGGAGCAAUGACGUCAUGUUUGUAAUCUACGACUCCCUAUGCCAGAAUUGUACGGAGAAGGGAGUGUGCACGAUCAAUGCAAACUCUUGUCACAUCAACGGUAAAUGUUACAGUGCUGGAGACCAUGACCCGACUGACACAAACAAUGUGUGCCUUCCGGCCAUCAGCGCCACCAAGUGGACACAAGUUUCAGUACCCACCCAGCCACCCCCGAAAACUACGAAUUCCACCACCACUCCCCGGCCUAUCACCACCACCGCCCCCAAGGCCACGCCCUUCCCCCUCCACUGGGCCAAGUACGGGGGUGAAAAUAAGAUGAGAUGGGACAUCUGGACGAAGGCUGAGACGGGCUGCAGUUGUUACUUUGACCAAAGUAAGAGAGACUGCGCGUGCUGUGAGCUGGGAGGAUGCCAGUGUCCCACGAGUUCCAAGUAUCACUGUGUUAAAUGUGGGGAAGAAUUCACCUGUGGAACAGUUAAACCCUCUACCGACUACGGCAUAGACGGUUGGACCGCCACAUUCACCGGCUGCCCCUGCGUCUGGGACACCAAACGCGCUGACUGCGCCUGCUGCCAGAACCUAGGCUGCCCCUGCGGUAAGACACACCGCAACCAAUGCACACAGUGUGGACAUCCAGCUGCCUGCGGAACGAAGCCGGAGAUAUUCGGUCCUCCUCUCAACGACGCGAUUAUCGGUUGAUAAUGAACGAUAGAUGGCAGCAGAGGUCGGGUGCAUGCCACCUCUGUGCUCCUGUGCGCAUUAGUAACAUUAUUUUUUUUUGCUCUGUUGUUUUAUUUAGUAAUGAGUUGUGAAAGUAAUAUUACUGAUGAAAUUGCACAAAGGAAAGAACUUUACUUUGAGUAUAAGUCAGCGUCUAUAAAUUCUAAAUUUAGAUUCUUCUCUGCCUUGAACUUGUUUCUCAAUGAUAGAGUUUUAAGGAGAAAUGCUUUAUUUUCUAAAUGACAGAAAGUCCAUAACUUUGGAAAUAAAGGCAGUUUCAUUAA